UUCAUGUAUUGACACAUUUUUUCAAUUUUAUUUGAAUAAAUCAAACUUAUAGACAAAGAUGUAGAAUGUUUUUGUGUGAUUAAAGGGGUGAAAAAAGAACCAAAAUUCCAGCAAAGUGAAAACGAUUUUCUAAAGAGAGUAGCGUGACACCGUGACGUUGGCAAGCGAGCCAUUAAAAUUCGGUGUGAAUUUACUGUAGAAUAAAUUCUCCGAGUUUCACAGCCUUGAGGGGUUGGAAAAAAGCGGCUUCGUGCAAACACAAGGACUUUGAGACUCUAGCUGGUUGGUGCCCGCACGCGAGAGGUAACUCGAAAGUUGCUCGCAUUGUCAGCGAAUAAACGGAACCGAUUGUUGCACCAAGUCGUCAAGGGGUUGGAGAAAGUUUUUUCAACAUUUUACUCCUCUUUCUUGGAAUCUCUUCAAGUGGCUGAAGAACUCAGAGUUGCUCUUUUUUCCGUAUACGAAUCCAGAAGCUAAAAGGAACGAGGGAAAAGUGAACACUAGUGUAAGAGACAAAUGGCAAACGACAUAGCUGACACUUGCAGUAAGGCUGAGCCGAUUAUGGUACCACCCGGUAGUUUGGAGCAUCAAGAUCCAGCAACCAGCUUUACUUGUAUCAAUUUAGACAGGAGAGAUAGUUUUCCUCAACCACUACCUGGAAGAUCGUCCAGUCUUCGAAGGCAGAGCAUCACUUUAAAUGCUAUUAUCAAUCACAGAAGAGCAUUAAUCGGAGCUUUGAUCUCAGGAAUAGGCAGCAACUUGUCUCUCCCAUCUUGUGUACCUCAAGAUCAAAAUACUCCACAUAACAAUCCCACAACAUUUGCGUUCGGUCAUGAACCACGUCUACAGGUUGCUGACUGUAACGGAGAUAAUGAGUCUCAUCAAAGGAGAUCACCGAGACACUCAAACCUCCUCCAACUUACGCCAGUUAACAGUGCUGCGAUUCCAUUGAAUUCCCUAGAUACCUCGAAAGGAAAAGCGUCUAAUCAGUGUCAUCGAAGAAUUACACCAACUUCAUCACGCCAUCGCAAGGAAAAGCACCGAGCUGAAUUAAUUUCAACUGUUAGUACCCUUUAUGCUAAAUUACUGAUCGUUAUUGGUGUUACGGUUCCUGUUACUGCAAGUGUAAGCCAGAGAGUACCUGCUAUUCUAGACCAGGGAUUUUAUCUAUAUCUAUACUUGGUCAGUGUGGCAUUUGUUAUCGCCAUGUAUACAAUCCUAUUGCGCGACAAAGCAGUAAAGAAGAUGCUUACACAAAGUGGAAAAGAAGGAAUAACUUUUGUCCUAGACGGACAUGGUUGCAAACGACAAAGUUUUCAGGGACAACAAUAUGGAAGCUUCUGUCUACGACUAGGUGCCAUCGGCUUCGGGGCAGGCUCGUUAGUGUUUACUGGAUUGCAAAUCGGCGCGGAAAUAGCAUCCGGUGGACCAUUGAGGGCGAUUACUCCGAGUGCAAGACUGCUCUUGGUUACCGCUCAAAUGCACUUCAUAUUUCUAAAUAGUAAGGACCUCGAACUUGCCAAGCAUGGAGCUCUAGCUAAAUUAGGACUAAUGCAUAUGAUUGCUACCAAUCUCUGUGAAUGGCUUCAGGCACUUGUAGAAGAGACAAGGCACGAAAUAGCACAAUUAGAACUCCACGACCACGAACUAAGUGAGGAAGGAAUAUUAAAGACACUUUUAACUGAUGCCAGUCCUUUUCUAUUUCCCUGUACGAUUGAAUUUAGUCUCAUUUGUGCAGUCAUUUUAUUUGAAAUGUGGAAACGAGUUGACAAGAUGACCGUUGUAAAAAAUGAUGGUCCAAUGAGAUCCUUACAUCAACUAAGUAUUGAUUGCAGUAGUGCACACCGAGGUCUUUUUGGUGGAAUUCUAGUUAUCGCUGCGACAGUUUUAAGUCUUAUAAUGUUUUUUGUUCUAAAAGAAUCCAAGUCAAAGAUGGCUAUUGAACAAGUAACUGCUCUAGAAACGGCGAUUUUAAUAGCAGGUGCGAUUGCAGCUGUAAGCUGCGCGUUCAAGUUACGACGUUUAGAAUUGAAGAACACAAAACCCGCACCUCAUCUUGACUCGACUUUGCUGGCGGCUGCACAAGCGGGUGUUUAUCUUCAUUGUUUGUUUGGUGCAGUGGGUGGUAUAUUGACAAUGGGUCCAACUUGGGUACUAUCGCUUACUGCCGAUUUCAUCGCUUUGAUUCAAAGCACCAGUCAAACUCUUCUAGUCAAGAUUGCUUGGAGACGACGAUCAUCAUCACCUGAAAAACCAGGAAAAGAGCUGAUCACUUUCCUAAUUGUUGUCAAUAUUGCUCUAUGGACAGUAAACACAUUAGAGAAAUCUCGAGCGGACGUUCGACCUGAUCAUCUGCGAUUUUUCGGUGUCUGGGCUUGGACUAUCAUCACUCACGUCUCCAUGCCAUUAGCAAUCUUCUUUCGUUUCCACUCAGCCAUAUGUCUCUUCGAGGUGUGGAAAAGUUGCUACAAAUAUCGACCACAUGGAUUUUCAUCAAAGCCUAAUUAAUGAACGGCUAGACAAAUAAAAUAUCAAUUAGUUUGAAAUAAUAUUUUCAUACUCUACUUUACUUUUAAUCAAUCAAAACAAUUAAUUAAUGUAAAAAUGCCAGUCAUUCCAACAAUCAAUUACAUGAUUCUAUUAUUUACACUAAUUACUAAC